AUGGUGAAGCUGACAAUGAUAGCCCGUAUCACUGAUGGCCUUCCAUUGGCGGAGGGGUUAGAUGAUGGUCGAGAUCUGAAGGAUGCUGACUUCUACAAGCAGCAAGCAAAACUGUUGUUCAAAAACUUAUCUAAAGGCCAACACGAAUCAUCAAGGCUGUCAAUCGAGACUGGACCGUACUAUUUCCAUUACAUCAUUGAGAGCCGUGUAUGCUAUUUGACAAUGUGUGACCGUUCUUAUCCAAAGAAACUUGCAUUCCAGUAUUUAGAAGAUCUAAAAAAUGAAUUCGAGAGGGUCAAUGGUAGCCAAAUUGAAACUGCUGCAAGGCCAUAUGCUUUCAUCAAAUUUGAUACAUUCAUACAGAAAACCAGGAGACUGUAUUUGGAUACCAGAACCCAAAGGAACCUUGCCAAGUUGAAUGAUGAGCUCUACGAGGUGCACCAGAUUAUGACUCGCAAUGUUCAAGAAGUUCUUGGUGUGGGUGAAAAACUAGAUCAGGUUAGUCAAUUGUCUAGUAGGUUGACCUCUGAUACGAGAAUGUAUGCAGACAAGGCAAAGGAUCUCAAUCGCCAGGUACUGUCCCCCUAA